AUGUCCCCGGCCACACCUGCAGAUCUCCUCAAUCAGCACAGUCGAUCUCUAGAAGACCAUCCAACCUUCAACUUGGACCAGACACGUACACCCCAGGAGAAUGAACCUGUUGGAAAGAGUAAAAAGAAGAAGGGCAAGAAGGCCAAGGGGACUAGAACAACUACUGAAACGCCAGAUGAUUUAAACCAACCUGUUCCCCAGGCAGAGCCAUCCUCUUGUCCUGAUCCUUCUCUUGAACACCAUGUUCAACCCACCGUAACAAUGGAUAUACUAGGGACAAUGGAGCAUGAAAGAGAUAAUGACCUAGCUGCCCGUACUGAUACAUGGGCCCAGGCAGUGCCAUAUGGUAAAAGUCCACCAAUUGAUUUGAUGGAUGAAGAUCUGCCUCAGGAAGCCCAAAUCAAUUUCUCGGCGCGGGAAGAGGCUAGGGGUAAUGAUUCUUGGUCCCAGGAUACAGCAGGCGUUGAGCGUGCCAAAAGCCCGCCGACUAAUCAUCUGAUGGAUGGCGUUAUUCCACAUGACUCCGCAAUUGAUGUUCCCACCAAAGCGCAUGCAGUAGGUGUACUCAACCAUCCUUCCCCAGAUUCCCCGCCUAUCAACUUCCCAAAGAUUCAGGCUCGAGGUGGUUUUAGUCCACCUUCUUCUGCAUCUCCUCCUUCACGUGUUCGACCAUUUAGCUAUGGUAGUGGCUUCCGGAGCACCUUGAAUUCACGACAGCAAUCAGUGGACUGGCGCAAGAGCCACUCUUACGGAAGUCCAAUGGGCAACAAUAUGCCUCCUCCACCCCAUCUCCCCCAGGCCCAUUUUUAUGAAGCCCCAGACAUUGAUUUGCAAGGCCACACCGUGAAAGACGGAUCUUAUUCCUUCUACGGCUUCGAUACACUCCCAAGCAUGACGGCCAAAACGCCUCGGGCUGGGAUGAAUGUGUUGGUAGUGGGAAUGGACGGCGCUGUGGAGAUCCAAGCGAUUGAAGAUCAUCAGACUCGUCUCGUUGGGCAGAUCACUGGUCUCGGUGGCCGAGUUCUUGAAGCAAAGAUUCUUGCCAAUCAUUUUGCCAAUGAUGCACCCGGUUCCUCGCAACCACACGUAGCCAUCACUAUCCAUGGGCCUCUGGCACCGAAUGAAGAAGAGGCGCCUUCCUCUCCAGUUAUUUCGGAAUUUAAUGAUGCUCCGCCUUCCGCUACAGGAGGCCGAUCAAGAGACAGUCGCCUGGUUCGGGAUAACCUUCUAUCGUAUCAAACUCGAGUCGAAGUAUACUCACUCCGAUCCGGUGAACACAUUGAGACACUGUUCAUGAGCAACCCAGUGUCUUCGAUGGAAAAUAUCUUGGGUAUGCCCUCUUUGGCACCGCCCCCGGUUGGUAGUUUGAAGAUCUACAAUAGUGGACAUCAUGUCGUUGUAGCCUCUGGGGUUAGCGGAGAAGUCUACAUCUACCGACAAACUCCGUCCAGUGGCUAUGAGUGCUUGGGAAAGACUUGGACCAAUAUCCAGGUCGGAGAAUCCCGAAGAUACUCCACUUCCUCUAGCUCUACGGAUCCAGAGGGAUCUCACCAUGACCUACCCCACCAUUCUAUUCUGGACCGACCGAUCUUGAGUGUUCAGGGAAGGUGGUUAGCAAUUGUGCCACCAUCAUCUUCUACCCGGAGGUCGAUACAAGGCACCGUUCCUGCGCACAUCAUGCAUUCACGAGCUCAAGGUAUCGAGUCUCGUGGCCCACCUACUGUGCCAUCUGUGAAUUGUGUUACAGACGUUGGUGAAGGGGAGAGCCUUUUCGACAAGGUCGCCAGAGGUGUCACGCAAGAGUUAGUGAAGGGUGCCCGCUGGAUGGGGGACCAGGGCCUUCAAGCCUGGAAUAGCUACUGGAAUAGCCAGCAAGCUCCUCCUGGCGCACCCCCUCUACGUCCAGCUCGCACAGAAACUGGACUCUUCCCACCAACCCAUGGACAGGAAACCCAAUCAUUGUCUACCGAGCCCGAUGCAGUUUCUAUCAUCGAUCUCAAGCCAUUUGAUGAUAACACAGAUAUGAAGGCUAUGUCUUUAAAUCCAGUUGGCACAUUUCAAGUUCCCAAUGGCUGCAGUUUCCUCUCUAUCUCUCCAAGUGGUCUGAUGCUAUUCACGGCAAGCACAAAGGGUGAUGUCCAGUAUGUUUGGGAUCUUAUGCAACUGAAAUACUGUCGAGCUAUGGCUUUUAUGACCGACGACCAGGUGAGCAAAAGUCCCAAUGUGAGGCAGGUAGCCAGAUACGCGCGGUUGACCGCAUCGAACAUCGUCGAUGUGAUCUGGACCGCGCCAACAGGAGAUCGCUUGGCCGUCAUUACGCGCAAGGGCACUAUUCAUGUCUUUGACUUGCCUGGGAGUGCGUUUCAAUGCCCGCCUUUCCGGCGAGCUCGACCUGCGACUAAAAGGGCACCCUCGGUUGAUCCUGCUGGUGAUGAAAUGUCAACGCAAUCGACUAGUGGAAACCCCCUGUCGGCAGCCAUGAAACUGGUUGGUGGUAAAACACAGCCAUUUUUCUCUGUGGUUCGGGGGCGGGUGCCGGCUUCCGGCACAGCCUUCCCUAACAUGAGUGGGCUUGCGUUGACAUCGGCAGCUGGUAUCAAGGGUGGAAAGGUGGUGGCGGCGGGUCUGAGCAAGUCAAUGGGAGCAGCGGCCUCUGGUACUGUUCACACCCUUCGACAUGUGGGAGAAAACAGACUCCACCUGACAGGUCUCGCUCGCGAUCCGGCACCAGCUCGUGUGAUUUGGAUCAUCAGCAAAGGUCAGAUGCACCUUGGUGUGGCGGAUGGUGGCCAGAUUAAACUGUAUUGUCUCAAGAGAGGCCCAGUCUCUCAUAAGAGUCGUCAAUUCCACACUGUGAUUGGUGAAAAGGUCACCCAGUACAGACUACCUGCCAACCUACAAAGCAUUUGUGGAUCAGCACCGCUUGUGCCAUAUAACCAGGAUCUGACCCGUCAAGCUUAUCUGCUUCUGCCAUCGGUCAGCGCUCAAUCGUCUAGUCCGAGUAAGCCCUUCUGCCAACCCCUCUCCAAGGCAGAGAUUGAGACGAACACUCCUUACCAGCCCUUCCAUACUGAUCAACGCGUUGGUCUACAUGUGUACUCUACCGAUAAUUCGGUAGGUGAACAGUGGGUCUUUGGGAAUGAUAUACCAACCACCAAGGUUCAUGUGAGAUCGUACAAUAACACUGGUGACGACCUGGAUGAUGAGUGCGACGAUAAUGCCGUUCAUGGGCACUCCUUUGGUGCAGGUGGAGAUAUGGAAAACCUUAUCAGCCUGACCAAUAGCACUGGCAACGUCGAGGAAGUGGUCAUCACCACUCGCCGCAAGAAGAAGCACACCCCUUUGAAGGCCGAUGAUGGCUUUUUUGAGGAUGACUGUGAAGUUUUGGAUUUUGCCCGCGAUCGGGUCUAA